GUCAUGUUCGGCGACAUUACGCCAGCCGUUGCAACAACGUUUAAAGAGGCCCCACACCUGCCAUAGUCCAUUUAACCUCCACCACCAUGGCAACCCACGACCCGCAAUCGACCACCAGCGUGGAUGCCUUCCGCAACUCGGCGAUGGUGAUCAUGGAAGAAUCGGACGCUAAGGACACGAACGCGUACAUUGUGGCGUUCCAGCGUCGACGUAAGAUGCGGAUUGUCGCGAUAGCAACCGGCGCACUCCUCGUCCUUGGGGUGGCCGCCGCCGUUGUGGUGGCCACUGACAGUACAGCCGACAACGCCAGCACCAGCAGUGGCCGAGACAGACUCCCGCUAAAUGCCGCGGGCGGAAACAACGGCGGCGGGAGCCAAUCCCCUUCCACCACCACCGUUGACGACACCUUCGUUGGCGGACCCGAAAUAUACUUUACGCAUACGACCCUUUCGCCCGGGUCGCCUUCUAAUGUGCACGGCGGUUCGACAACCUCGUCUGGGAAGCAUUCCGAUGUGGACGGCGGUUCGACAGCCUCCUCUAACCACGGCAACAAUCCCGGUAGCGUACACCACAACUCCACGAGCAAACUCCCGUCGAACGGCAACAGCACGGGGUCGAACAAUGGUGUCAAUGGGUCCCGGCCAUGCCCGUCGAUCACGGCUGUCGAUAACUCGAUCGCCACUAUUUCGCCACCUCCAUCGUAUGGGGCGCCUACACGUCGUCCGGAGAUUACAGUGUCCCCGUCAGACCCACCAACCACGCCGUGUCCACAACCGAUCGUAACCAGCGCACCUACCCCGCCCCCUCAAUACCCCACGCACGCGCCUCGUCCCACGUCCCCGCCUGCCACCUACCCCCCCACGGCUGCCCCAACCAAUCCCCCCACUCCCCCCACUCCCCCACCGACCCGUCCUCCGGUCCAGCCCACUCCCCCACCGACCCGUCCUCCGGUCCAGCCCACUCCGCUGCUGUCCGGUAGCGACCUCAAAGCGCAAAUUGUGCAUCAGACGUCUGUGAUCCGAGCGGGGUACGGCCUCGGACCAGUGACAUGGAACGACGACUUGGCCAAGAAAAUGCAAGCGUGGGCAGACUCGUGUCCUCAAAAGACGGGCGGCGGGCACGGCGGGCCGUCCGGCAAUCAGAACUUGGCUAGCUUUGUCGAGUGUGGCAACAACUGCAUGCACGAGCCAGGGCCAGCGCAGACGUGGUGGGAGAGCGAAGAAAAGCUGUGGGACUACGACGCCAACAAGUCCAAGGACGGCAACUGGAUGACCACGGGCCACUUUCAAAACUCGCUCGACCCGGGCGUCAACGAGAUCGCGUGUGGCUGGUCGACAUGCUUUAACCCGGUCGCCAACCAAAAUGACUCGCUGGUCUGGUGCAACUACAUCGGCGGCACCAACGGCCGCAUUCCUCGCCCCAUCAUCUCUAAAGCCGAGAUCAAAGCCAGGAUCAUCAAAUAGUAUUUCGAGUUUAUUUUCGUCGUGCAAACGCGCGCGCAUUCGUAUCGUGUAGCUAGUGUAUGUAACGUUACUUUGAAGUAAUGUUUUUUAAAUUCUUUUUUAUCGACCA